AUGGUGGCCGCCGACGCCGUCGAGGUCCUCGAGACUCUGCGGCGGCUGCAGUCCAGGGAGGAAAUUUCCAUCAUCAAGCUCAGCGAGCCCAUCGGCAGCUUGACGUCGACGGCGGCGCACGAGGGCCAGCGCGCCUCGGACGCGUCCAACGGCUGGCCCGAAGGCCCGACGGCGGCGAGCCUCGAGGCCGACCUCGCGCACUACGCGGAGCUCUUUGCGAAGCUGCGCUUUUCCUACGUCGAGCAGGUGACCAAGGAAAAGUUCAUCCGGGCCAUCGUCGGCGACCCGCCAGUCAUCGUCACGGCCCAGGACAACGUCGACCUCGAGCGGGCCAACGGCGAAGCCAAGGCGCAGCUCAAGUCGCUCAAGCUCGACGUCGCCGCCAUGGUCGCCGAGCUGGAGAGCACGGGCCGGGCCUUGAGCCGGCGAUACGAGCGCGUGCGGACGGAGACGGCCCAGCUCGAGGAGCUGCCCGGCAAGGCGGACGAGCUGCAGACGCGGGUCGAGGAGCUGCGGGCAGCCCAAGCGUUGGCCGGAUCGGACCCGAGCCUCCGGCUGCCGCUCGCGAAGACGGUCGACCUGGCGGCGAGGCGCAGGGCGGAGCAGCAGGCGCUCGCGCGGGAGCUCGAGUCGCUGCAAGCCAAGGCGCCGCGCAAGCAGAAGGAGGCCGAGAGGCUGCGGGCCGAGCUCCAGCCGCUCGAGACGAAACGGCAGACGAGCGCGGCGGCGGCGGCCGAGGCGCGGAGGAGGAAGGAGGCGGCCAUCGGAGGCGUGGCCGACCAUCUCGAGCAGCGGGCGCGGUGGUGGCGGGCCAGCGAGGGCGUCUUGAAGCAGGUGCUGGACAUGAACGGCUGA